AUGGCGAAGGUGAGGCUGGUCAUUCGGUUAAAUUUUGCCAAGGCCGCACGGACCAUCGCACUUCUAUGGAUUCUCAAAUUCAGCUUCAACUCCGCAGCGACGACAUCACGACCGGAUCUCUCCAACAAUUCCUCAAGGACCGCCAAGAUGCUCAUCCCCAAGGCCGAUCGCAAGAAGAUCCACGAGUACCUCUUCCGUGAGGGCGUACUCGUCGCGCAGAAGAAUUUCUACCUGCCCAAGCAUGGCGAAAUCGACACAAAGAACCUCUUCGUGAUCAAGGCCAUGCAGUCGCUGAACUCGCGCGGCUACGUCAAGACCCAGUUCUCGUGGCAAUACUACUACUACACCCUCACUCCCGAGGGUCUCGAUUACCUCCGCGAAUGGCUCCACCUCCCCGCUGAGAUCGUGCCCCAGACGCACAUCAAGCAGCAACGCUCGCACGCUCCGCCGCGCGGCAUGAUGGGUGGUGACGAACGUCCCCGUCCCGGUGGACGUGGUGGCCCCCGUGGCGACCGUGAGGGUGGCUACAGACGUCGUGAUGCUGGCGAGGGCGGAAAGGAGGGAGGUGCGCCGGGAGAGUACAGGCCCGAUUUCCGUGGUGGCUUCGGCCGUGGCCGCGGUGGCCCCCCACCUUCGUAGUGGACUACUUCUCGCCUCCUAAUCACUCACACCUCAUAACAUUCUGCUUUUCAAAAUUCGGGAUUGGGUCGGACGGUAGCGUG